AUGGCGGCGGCCGUGAGCCCACAGCUGGGUUUCUCAGUGGUAGUUGUGCCUCACAUCGAGGAUGCGGCAGUCAGUGCCGUUGCUAUGCGGCGUUACUAGGGACAGAGUCGCCUUUUGAUGACGUCACUGUUUGCUUGGAAUCGGCGCCAAAUCAUUGAGAAGGAAGGGAACCUGGAGCUGUCUCGUUGACUGGAUCCGGAAUGUGACAGACCCGGGCACAGGAGCAGAGCAUGGCUGCUUUACCCCAGAACAACCUGCAGAAACAGUUGGAAUUAUUCUCUUCCAAGGGUGUGGAAAAUAAGCUUUCUCUGCAGAAAACAAGGCCCGGUGUUUUUACAUUUAAAAAGAAGAGUUCUCUUGAUGAGUCCACCUCAACUGGAUUCAUUCCGACAAAGCAGCAAGUAAAGGACAAAAAUGUGACUAUUAUAAUAGACGACCAAUCCAAAAAGCAACCGCUAGUUUCAUCUAUUAAGGGAAGUGGUACAAUCAAUGGAUUUUUCACUUCUAGUUACCCAAAAGAGUCUUCUCCAAAAGUGACAUCUUUUAAAAGCGUCCAGCAUAAUGCAGAUGAAAAGAAUGAAGAUAUUCCUCAAGAAAGCUCUUGUUCAAAGACUAAAACAGACUGCAAUGUCUCUCUCAGCUCCAUUGUCAGCCUGGAGGAUUGGGAUGAUAUAAAUGAUUUUGACACAUCUGUAUCGCCUCCGACAGGUCAUACUAGGAAGUUGGGAAAGACACCACAGAAAUGUGGCAAAACACAUUUUGUGACCUCUUCCAAAUCACUGUCUGUUGAAGUGGAGCCCUCUACAAAUAAAGACAGUAUUAAAAAGCCUGGUCCUGAUCAGUCGGCGGCAGCUAAGAAGCUUGACAUCGUAUCUGCUGCAGUCUGUGCAGAGGCACUGGUGUCGGCAGAUGAAAGUGCGAAAGAUAUUUUGAAUGUCAUUUGUGAUGAUGACAUUUAUGCAGAUGCCCUGGCUGAGGCGAUCCCUGCUGAGGAUGAGUGUGAUGAAGAUUUUAUUCCUCCAUCUCCAACCAAUAGUAGUAGUGUGUCCUCUCCCCCUGUGCUCAGGGGCAUCUGUUCUCUGCGGAAGUCAUCAGUUACCUCUGGAACUGCAGAGGAGAAUACUACUGAACAUCUCCGAAAGGACUGUGUGUCGUCUUCUUCAGAGGUAUCAUCCGAACUCUGCGCUGUAAUGCUGGAUAUUUGCAAGCUAGUUGAUAGAAUUCCCAACACUGAGCUGCAGCUCCUUUCCUGUGGAAAGGAACUACAGAAGCACAGGAACAUUUGGAAAAGACUCUUGUCUGAUGACUCUGUGCUGAAAUCUACACCUUUAGAAGCUCCUCUGUUAUCCGGUGGUCCGAAACCAUCCUCUUCCAAAACAAACUACUCGACUCAAGACUUGGGUACCCCGGCCUUUGAGGCUUCAUCACAACGCCCAUUAGGGAAUGUUUUUAGAUUUAACUCACUCACUGCUGACAAGCCAAAAGCAAAGGACUUUUCAGUGGAUUGUAGCACUUUGAGUGAACCUCGGACAGAAAACAAAAGCUUGUUUUCCUUUAAGGCCACUGAUUCUACAGCUAAAUAUUCCUCCAGUCUCCAGGACUCUGUUUUUGUCAGUCGUUUCGAUACGCCAUACAGUGAAAAACCACUCACCUCUAGUACAUGUGCCAAGACAUUUGUACAUCCACCAGAUCUCGACGACAUUGAUGACAUAUACUUUGAUAUUGACAAUUUUGACAUUGAAGACAUUGACGAUGAAGUGCAGUGCAUGGACAGCCCAGUGGCACCACCUACUACCAAACCGUUACCAUCACAGUACCCCACAAUACGGGAAGCACCACUCUUUACAAAGAGCAGUAUUUCUAUACCAUCUUCUGUGAAAACUUCUAAUCCCUCUGGAUCAUCAGAUUCUUUCAUAAAGCCACCAAUAGAGAACCCAGCUCAUGAGCGAUUUCGGGGCUUCACCUUUCCCCACUCGAAAGAAAUGAUGAAGAUAUUCCAUAAGAAAUUUGGGUUGCACCGCUUUCGAACUAACCAGCUGGAAGCCAUCAAUGCCUCCUUAUGUGGAGAGGAUUGCUUCAUUCUAAUGCCUACAGGUGGCGGGAAGAGUUUGUGUUACCAGCUGCCGGGCUGCGUGUCCCCUGGUGUCUCCAUUGUCAUCUCUCCCCUCCGUUCCCUGAUAGUUGACCAGGUCCAGAAGCUUACCACUCUAGAUAUUCCAGCCACGUAUCUUACUGGAGAUAAGACGGAUGCCGAAGCUUCCAGUAUUUACUUGCAGCUCUCCAAAAAAGAUCCAAUUAUAAAGCUGCUGUAUGUUACCCCAGAGAAGGUUUGUGCAAGCCCCAGGCUUAUCACCACAAUGGAAAACUUGUAUGAACGUCAACUGCUGGCACGAUUUGUCAUUGAUGAGGCUCACUGUGUAAGCCAGUGGGGCCAUGAUUUUCGUCCAGACUACAAAAGACUCAACAUGUUGCGUCAAAAAUUCCCUUCUGUACCAAUGAUGGCUCUUACAGCAACAGCAAAUCCCCGUGUCCAGAAAGACAUUCUUAAUCAGCUUAAGAUGACCAGACCUCAGAUAUUUUCAAUGAGCUUCAACAGAGACAAUCUUAAGUAUGAAGUUUUACCCAAAAAGCCCAAGAAGGUGCCUUUAGAUUGUGUGGAAUGGAUAAAGAAAAAUCACGCCAAUGACUCUGGGAUAAUUUACUGUCUGUCAAGACAUGAGUGUGACACAAUGGCCGAUACCCUGCAGAAGGAGGGCCUGUUAGCUCUGGCCUAUCAUGCUGGGCUCAGUGACUCUAAUAGAGACUACGUACAACAUAAGUGGAUCAAUCAGGAUGACUGCCAAGUGAUCUGUGCUACUAUUGCUUUUGGAAUGGGCAUUGAUAAGCCAGAUGUAAGAUACGUUAUUCAUGCUUCUUUGCCAAAGUCUGUGGAAGGAUAUUACCAAGAGUCUGGAAGAGCUGGACGAGAUGGAGAAAUUUCCCACUGUCUUCUUUUCUAUAGCUACAGCGAUGUAACAAGACUCCGUCGAAUGAUUCAAAUGGAAAAGGAUGGAAACAGUCAGACAAAACAGACACACUUGAAUAACUUGUACAGCAUGGUGCAUUACUGUGAAAAUGUGCUGGAGUGUCGACGCAUGCAGCUUCUUGCUUAUUUUGGUGAGAAUACAUUCAAUCCAAAGUUUUGUAAGGAGAACCCAAGAUUUGCUUGUGACAACUGCUGCAGAACAACGGAAUACAAGUCUAGAGAUGUGACCGACGAGGUGAAGACUAUUGUGAGAUUUGUCCAGGAGCACUGCACUUCUCAAGGAAGAGGGAAGGGUGUCAAAAAUCGCUUAACUCUUAACAUGAUGGUAGAUAUAUAUUUAGGGAGUAAGUCUGCAAAAAUCCAGACAGGAAUAUUUGGAAAGGGAGCAGCGUAUUCACGCCACAAUGCAGAACGGUUAUUCAGGAAACUGGUUCUGGAAAGGAUUCUGGAUGAGGAACUAUAUAUUACAGCCAAUGACCAGGCUGUAGCAUAUACAAAAAUUGGAGAGCGGUCUCAGGCUGUGCUGAAUGGGUUCACAAAGGUUCAGUUCCAGGACACCGAAAAUGCCAGCAGCCUCAGGAAACAGAAGGCAUCGGUCAUGGCAGCUACAUCCCAGAGGGAGGAAAUGGUCAAGAAAUGCCAGGCUGAGGUGACAGAGCUCUGUAAGCGUCUGGGAAAGAUAUUUGGCGUGCACUACUUCAAUAUCUUCAAUACAGCGACCAUCCGUAGGAUUGCAGAAUCCCUGUCUCCAGAACCUGAAGUUUUAUUACAGAUUGAUGGGGUGACCGAAGAUAAGCUGGAGAAAUAUGGCGCUGAGCUAAUAGAUGUUCUACAAAAGUACUCCGAAUGGACGCUUCCAGCCGAGGAGGUUUCCCAAAAGUCCAGUGGGUCAGCAACCCACACUACCAGGAUUUAUCACAGCGAGGAGGAUGAGGAGGAUGCAAAGACAACUUCCUCUUAUUUUAAAUCAUCCCGUAAAAAUGGCACAAAGAGAAAAAAUUCCUCAUAUGCUCAUAAAGCCAAGAAAAGAAAAACGUGGGGAGACGGUCAGCAGUCCCGUGCCAAAAGCAGUGGUACCAAUGCGUCCUACGGCAGGAAUAAAGCUGCUUCUGCUAAAUCAAGCAAAGGACAUAAUGUAGAUUACAGCAGUGGAUCUAGACAAGGGGCAGUGAACAAACCUGGCUUCAUGGCAGUUCCUAUGCCCCAGAACAACCGUCGUUUCCUGAAACCCUCCUACAGUUUUCUUUGAUAUUCACAUUGUUUGUUAAUACGUUUAUUUUUUAUUGU